CCCCCAACGGGCCACGUGUACUUCAUGUGACUUAUUAUAGCUUGUUACAUAUUUUUUCCUUGGUUUUAUAAACUACCUAUCUCUGCUCUAGCUCUGUUGGAGCUGAUGAAUAAGCUAUAAGACCUUUGUUCCCUUAUGAAGCAAGAUACCUGAAUGUUUAUAUCUCAUCUCUGUUAUACUUGUUUACACUACAGUCAGUACCACUGGAUUUCGCUGUAGGAUUGGAACGAGGGAUUGCGUCAAGGUGGUGUGUUGUUGGUAUUGCUUGUUUUUUGUCUCUGUCUGAAUGUCUAGUCGUGGUAGAAGGUCAUCUCGCUCAAGUACGGAUCGAAAUUUGACCCCUAAUGGAAGAAAACGAAAACUAAACUCUCAAACAUCCCUUGGCCAAGCAUCUACAAGUCAAUCAAAGUCUAAAAAACGUAUAAAAGAACCAGAUUUUUCUCCAGCAUCAAAACGACCUCGGCUUUCAUCAGCACAGAGUUCUGAUAGCUUUAACCAACCUGGUCCUAGCGGAGUCAGAAAAUAUUUUCCGUCAGUCCCGUCAGCCAAGCCAUCUUUGUCAGAUUCUGAGGAGGAAGGAGACAAACGUCCGAUAUAUUUGAACGGAGCCAUGGCAACCCAAAGUCCUACUGGGUGCUUGAACAACACUAGUACUAGUUUCAGGGUCCACAAGGCAGCCGGAGGAACUGGUCUAAAUAAUCACACCAAGAAAACUGGCGGUGGCAAGAAACUUGUCAUCAAGAACAGAAAGACCAAAGCAGAGCUACCUGAGAACUAUAGUAAGCUGGCCUGGGAGAAACUGAGUCAAGCUAUUGUGGCCAUACACACUCAACAACCAAUCUCUUACAGUCUAGAGGAGCUCUACCAAGCCGUCGAGAACAUGUGCUCACACAAAAUGGCUACCCUACUCUAUGAGAAUCUGAGAGAAGAGUGCCAUAAACACGUGGAGUCUCUGGUCCCGAUGUUCAAACAACCUGAAGUGGAUCUGGCUCAAUUUUUGCUGGUGGUGGACAAGCAAUGGAUUGCUCACUGCAGACAAAUGAUAAUGAUUCGGAGCAUCUUCCUGUACCUGGAUCGAACAUAUGCUGUACCCAGCACCUCGCUACUCUCCAUAUGGGAGCUUGGGCUUGAGUUGUUUGGCAGCCUGAUAGCCAGUCAGAGUGGAGUACAGUCCAAGGUCGUAAAGGGUAUCCUCGUUCUCGUGCACAGGGAGAGGAGUAACGAAAGUGUUGAUCGCAGUUUGCUCAAGAAUCUGCUGAGGAUGUUUGUGGACCUGCAGAUCUACCAAGAGGUGUUUGAGCUCGAGUUUCUGAGGGAGACAGAGGCGGUGUACAGGGCAGAGUCACUCAGGAUGAUCAGGGACCCAGAGUUCACACUCCCUAACUACUUGUCUCAUGUGGACAGAAGGUUGUCACAGGAGAACAACAGACUCCUGCACUAUCUUCACCAGUGUACCAGAAAGCCUCUGAUUCUAUGUGUUGAGAAGCAACUAAUUGGUGAACACCAAAAUGAAAUACUUGACAAAGGUUUUGAGGGUCUGCUGGAAGGCAGUAGAUUCCCCAACUUGUCUCUGUUAUACAAGCUAUACACCAGGUUCAAGGAUGGCCUCACUUUCAUCUGUAAAGCAUUCGGUGAAUACAUUAAGAAAGCUGGUGCGUCUAUAGUGAGUAAUGCUGAGCGUGACAAGACCAUGGUACAGGAUCUGCUGGAGCUCAAGAUUAAAGUGGACCAGAUCAUUGUGGAGGCCUUUGGCAAUAAUGAGAGACUGCAUGGUGUAGUGAGGGAGUCUUUUGAGAGCGUCAUCAACAGGAGGCAAAACAAACCUGCUGAGCUUAUCGCCAGAUACGUGGACUCUCAGCUCAAAUCUGGCAACAAGGAGUGGUCGGAUGAGGAGCUCGAUAAGCUGCUUGAUAGGGUGAUGGUGCUCUUCAGAUACAUUCAUGGUAAGGAUGUGUUUGAGGCUUUCUACAAGAAAGACCUUGCCAAACGGCUGCUACUUGGCAAGAGUGCCUCUACUGAUGCUGAGAAGUCAAUGCUCCUUAAACUAAAACAAGAGUGUGGCCCCAACUUUACCAGCAAGCUGGAGGGGAUGUUCAAAGAUAUGGAGCUCGCCAAAGAGAUGAUGGUCAAUUACAGAGAGAGUAAACAGUUGUCCCAGGGCACCAUUGACCUGAGUGUGCAUGUACUAACCAUGGGCUACUGGCCACCCUACGCUCCUAUGGAAGUCAUACUUCCUUCUGAGAUGUCUCAGUACCUUGAGAACUUCAAGAAGUUCUACCUGGGCAAGCACAGUGGACGCAAGCUUCAAUGGCAGCCUUCACUUGGCCACUGUGUGCUCAAGGCUGCCUUUAAACAGGGGGACAAGGAGCUACAAGUGUCUCUUUUUCAGAGUCUGGUCUUACUCUUGUACAACUCUGCAGACGAGCUCAACUAUGUGGAGAUCAAGGAAGCCACUGGAGUGGAUGAUGAUGAGCUGAGAAGAACCCUGCAGUCUUUGUCACUGGGUAAAGCUCGAGUGCUCAUCAAGGUGCCUAAAGUAAAGGAGGUCUUGAAUACUGACCAGUUCAUUUUCAACAAAGACUUUAAGCAUCGACUCUGUAGGAUAAAGAUCAAUCAAGUUCAGCUAAAGGAAACGGCUGAGGAAAACACGGCAACCACAGAGAAGGUGUUUCAAGACCGUCAGUACCAGGUGGAUGCUGCCAUUGUGAGGAUCAUGAAGAUGAGGCGAACGCUCACUCACAACCUCCUUGUCUCAGAGUGUCUGGGUCAGCUCAGAUUCCAUGUCAAGCCGUCGGACUUAAAAAAGAGAAUGGAGAGUCUGAUUGACAGAGACUACAUUCGUAGGAACAAGGACAACAGUAGCAUUUAUGAAUACAUAGCAUAACCUGCUGCCUCCACUCUCAUCAUUCCCAUUUCUGUUUUUAUCAUUCUCUUUAAUAAGCCCACAAUGAAUAUUAUUCCUACAUGUAUAUAUACGUCUUAUGUAUGUGAUCUUAUAUUCUACUAUCUGUACAUGUACAUAAUUAUAAUUAUGUGUAUUUGUGUG